ACCUCUUGUUUUUAAGUGCUUUCCUUUUCCUUUCAUUUCCCAUUUCGCUCACACUUUUCUCUCUCUUUCAUCCAAUAUAUAUAUAUGAAUAGAUAUUCCAUAUCCAUAGAUAUACACAUUGCCCCAAAAGCAAAAGCGAAGACAAACCCAGAGAGAGAUUAUAUAGCUAUUUAUAUUCCACUGGUCAUCUCAUUAAAUACGAAGAUAUUUUGCCUGCCUUGUUUGGAAGUCUGUUUCUUGUUUUCUUAUGUUGAGAGUCCACAAGGGGAAACCAAUGGCUUGGAGUUUGAGGAACAGGAAAACAAACUUAUGGCUCUUGAGGUUCCUGCUAGUAUUCGUUUUGGCUGUUUGUGAAACGAUGGCUUAUGGGGAGAUCAGAACGCAGCACCAGCAGCAAGACCAGCGGCAGCGGCAAAGAAACGCCUACGCAACGAUGAUGUACAUGGGGACGCCAAGGGAUUACGAGUUCUACGUUGCUAUACGUGUCAUGAUCAGAUCCCUUGCUAGACUAAACGUGGACGCUGAUCUCGUCGUCAUUGCCUCCGUCGAUGUCCCGCUCCGAUGGGUUCAUACCCUAGAGCAGGACGAUGGAGCAAAGGUGGUGAGAGUAGAUAAUGUGAAUAAUCCUUACAAGAACCAAGCCAAUUUUGACAGAAGGUUUAAGUUAACCCUGAACAAACUCUAUGCAUGGAGCCUGGUGGACUAUGAAAGAGUGGUGAUGCUUGAUGCUGAUAACCUCUUCCUCCAAAAAACUGAUGAGUUGUUCCAAUGUGGACAAUUUUGUGCAGUCUUCAUCAAUCCCUGCAUCUUCCAUACUGGUCUCUUCGUGUUACAGCCAUCAAUGGUGGUGUUCAAGGACAUGCUUCAUCAAUUGGAUGUUGGACAAGAUAACCCUGAUGGUGCAGACCAGGGCUUUAUUGGUGGCUACUUCCCAGACCUGCUUGACAAGCCGAUGUUCUAUCCUCCCCCGAAUGGCACUAAGCUUGAAGGAUCUUACAGACUUCCUUUAGGCUACCAAAUGGAUGCCACUUAUUAUUAUCUCAGACUCCGGUGGAGUGUACCCUGCGGGCCUAAUAGCGUAAUUACUUUCCCCGGUGCACCAUGGCUGAAACCAUGGUACUGGUGGUCAUGGCCUGUUCUGCCACUAGGCCUUCAAUGGCAUGAACAACGUCGUCAAAAUCUUGGAUAUGGAGCAGAGAUACCCCUGGUAUUUAUUCAGACUAUAGUAUACCUAGGAAUAAUUGCAGUGACGCGUCUAGCUCGACCAAAUCUCUCCAAGCUUUGCUAUCGGCGAACAGACAAGAACAUUUCCUUGAUACAUGCUGGUCUCAAAUUAAUAGCAAUAUGGUCAAUACUGGCAGCCUAUAUACUCCCUUUCUUUAUUAUUCCUUGUACAAUUUAUCCAGUUGUAGGUUGGACACUAUACCUGCUUGGCUCAUUCGCGCUUUGCUCUAUAGCGAACAAUGCAUUUAUGCUGCCAAUGUUGCAUGUCUUGACUCCAUGGUUAGGGAUAUUUGGAGCACUUGUGCUCAUGGCAUGUCCUUGGUACACUGAUGGGGUUGUAAGAACUUUAGCAGUUUUCGGCUACGCUUUCUGCUGUGCACCUUUUGUUUGGGUAUCAUUAGUUAAGGUCAUGGCAUCCCUUCAAAUAUCGCUUGAAAGGGAAGUUUUCUUUCCAAUAUUGGGUGAAUCUUCACCACCUUCUGGCUUCAACAAGUUGUAUUAAGGGAUAUAAAUAUAUAAUUCAGAGCAUCUUCUUGCCGAUUCUUUACAUAUUUUUGAAGGAGAUCUAUCUUGGAUUAUGAGGCUGUUUGAUUUUACAUGAAGCUUCGUCGGGUUGUAUACUGUUAUGAAUAUAACAUUUAGGCAGAGAGGGGUCAGCAGCUCCUUAUCCGGAGAAGUAGAAUGUCUUAUGUGUGUUAGGCAUACCAUUUGUUUCAUUGAAUUUAUAUAAUAGCAGCAGAGAAUUUAUUCA